UAGCGAUAAAAUGCAACAAAAGUGCUGCGGUCACUGUCUGAGCGACAGUUUCCUCCUCCUCCAGCAGCAAUAGCAGCACUUCUGACACGGGGAAGAUGGCGCGGCGCUGCGGCUGUGCCACGUCUCGGUUUACUUUGUAUCCCAGAGUUAAAGAAGCAGCAUACGCCGCCUUGUUGUGUUUUUGUCUCUUCGGUUCCGCGGCAGAGGCCGGACUGUACACCUCAUCUGACCAGAUCAUCGUGUUAAGCCCGGAAAAUGUGGAGUCGGUUGUGGUGAACUCGACAGCUGCGACUGUGGUGCAGUUUUACCUUUCUUGGUGCGGACACUGCAUCGACUUUUCUCCGCAUUACAAGAAUUUGGCCAGAGACAUACGAGAGUGGCAGCCAGCUGUUCAAUUGGCAGCAGUAGACUGCAGUGCAGAGGAGAACAAGGAGAUCUGCACCACGUACGGCGUCAAGGUGUUUCCUGUCAUAAUGUUCUUCCCUGCAUACUCCAAGGCUGGCACUGUAGGCUCGAUUGACAAAGGUUUACCCCAUGAUGUCCAACGUCUCCGUCACAUGGUCAUAGACAAACUAGAGGCUCACUCUGACCCUUGGCCCCCUGCCUGCCCCCCACUGGAGCCCAUCAGCCAAACAGAAGUUGACAGCUUCUUUGAGACAAACAAAGUACAAAAUCUGGCCCUGAUCUUUGAAAACCCUGACUCCUACAUCGGCCGAGAGGUCACCCUGGACCUCUUACAGUUUGAUAACAUUGCUGUACGUAGGGUCCUGAGCACUGAGGAAGCUCUGGUGAACAAACUGGGAGUGACUGAGUUUCCAUCAUGCUACCUUUACUAUCCCAGUGGCAAUUUCACCAGACUCAUAGUCAAUUAUGAGGCCCGUACUUUCUACUCUUACGCCCUCCAGGGGCUAAAGGGGUUGGUGCGUUCAGGAAAGCCUCCAGUAGUCAACGUAAAUGUCACCGCCAGCAGCAGUGAGAGACAAUGGAAAUCUUUCAACAGGUCCAGUGUGUAUAUGGCCGACCUGGAGGCAGCGCUGCACUACUCACUGCGUAUGGAGGUAGCUGCUCACACUGUCAUCAAAGGAGACGAGAUGAUUUCUCUCAAGAACUAUGUCAAUGCCCUGGCGAAGUACUUUCAAGGCCGACCUAUGGUGGUGAACCUGCUGAAGAAUUUAAACUCUUGGCUGCAAAACCAGACUGGAGAUGAGAUUUCCUAUGAGGCGUUUAAAGAGAUACUGGACAACACAGCACAAUCUCCAGACUCUGCUUUGCCUAAAAGUCGGGGGUGGGUGGGCUGCCAGGGUUCACAACAAAACUUCAGAGGUUACCCUUGUGGGGUGUGGACUCUCUUCCACGUUCUUACUGUCCAAGCCAGUAAUGCAAAUGGCUCAGAUCCUCAGGAGGUGCUGACGGCAAUGAGAGGCUACGUCCGCAGAUUUUUCGGCUGUAGGUACUGUGCCAAUCACUUUGAGCACAUGGCGGAAGAAAGUAUGUCGAAGGUGGAAACAUUAUCUUCAGCUGUCUUGUGGCUGUGGUCCAGUCAUAAUAUUGUCAACAACAGAAUAGCAGGUAGUGUGAGUGAAGACCCCGAAUUCCCAAAGAUUCAGUGGCCUUCACCAGCGACGUGUCCAUCCUGCCACACAGUGAGCAGAAGGGGGGAUCACGAGUGGAACAGGGAUGAGGUUCUCUCUUUCCUCAAGUUCCACUUCUCCUCUGACAGGAUCCUCACUGACUAUCUUGACGAUGAAAGCCACGUCCUGAGGAAAGAAAAAAGAAAAAAACCGAUAGACAGGAGAGCAAGGGAGGCGCCGGACCUCGCGAUGCCUUCGCUACCUUUACAAUCCACCGUGCCAGGAGAGGAGGAGGAAGAGGAGCCUCAGGAUGAAGAAGAGGAAGGUGGACAGGAAGCAGUAGCAGCAGAUGAGAUGGGCGGUGGUCGGUCUGAGCCGAAUUCUUGGGCCAAACCUAAAAUGGUGGUCGGUCAACGUAAGGAGCAGAUUCACAGAAAGCCGAGGAUGCGGGUCGUGCAGGAGGACAUCGUGGAUCUUGACUCAUUUGUCAACAACCACUACAAAGCCAAGGCGCUGCAGUUAGCUUCUGGCAGCCGUGUCAAACGACGGACCUUGAAGAGGAAGGAGGAGCAGGAGCCUGGUCCUGUAUUCGGGCUCGGUAUAGAGCUGGACCCGGGGCUCGGGAUGGUGGCACUGGAGCCUAUGGAAGCAGACAAUGAUUUGGAUUUGGGGCAGAAGAGGCAUUGGCUGCAAAAGCGAGAACUGACAGGCCAGUACUUUGAUGUGGAGCCGAGCCACAGAGGACGCUGGAUGUUUAUGCUGAGCAUUGGAUUCUCCAAAUUGGACAUUAGCCUUUGUGUCAUUCUUUAUUUCCUGUCCACUAUGUGCCUUCUUGCAAUGUACCUGUUCUUCAAAAAUCGCUACAAGCUACGGCGAGCUAAAUUACCCCUGCCUUGAACCAAAGAGUACCGAGAUUUGACCCGAGUCAGCAAUGAUUAACAUUGAUUAGGUUCAUGCAGGCUGAGGUUGGGGUUUGCAGAAGGGGGAUGUGUCCAGUCCGAACAGCUACCUGCAGAAAAAGUAAGCAACAGCACGUUCUGCUCUGAAUAUAGUGGAAGUGUAAUAAGAGGAGGAGAAGGUCGACAGUUACGUAACCUUGGACUUAAUCCAACCUGCAGACUUUUUCAGACAGCACUGCCACUGUGGUAAAUGGGUUCAUAUGAAUAUAUUGUGCUUGAGUUAAGAUUUAUUUUGUUCAAGUUUGUGACUCUGAUUUACCACUUAUGGAGGAAAAAAAAUUAAACCCAAUGGUAGAUGAAGUUUUUUGUGUUAUUAAUUUGUAUGAAACAAAUGUAGAUAAUUAGUUUUUCUUUGUUUGUGUGAGUGCAGGGUGCUAAGCUUUGCUGUGGAUGAUUUGGUUGCUUUAUUAAAGUGAUAAAAACCUUCUGUGCUAUUAACCUGUGCAUUAUGACCAAAACAGUAGAUUUCAGUAGUGAUGUGUAUGUGUUUAGUGAAUACUCACAGGUGAUUUAAAAAUAAUGUGUUUUGUUAUAUCUUGAAGUACAGAUGGACUGUCAAUCAUUUAUUUUGCAUUUCCCACCCAAAGCUCUGGGUGGGAGAUACAAAUGUUCACACUGGACAAAGGUUUCAAGGAUAAGUUGGAUUUGGUUUUUUUGCUAGUGUCCACAAUGCAUUUCUAUUUCUGAGGAUUGUAUUACUUAUUUAGCUGGUUCUGAAAGGUGUGUGGCUUAAACACAGAUGCAUACAACUUC